CUGCCUUCCAGAGCUUGUAUUCCUGCAGAGAAUGAGUUUGAGCCACAUGGAAGAUAUGUCUUUAAGCCAUUCAAGUCCUCAAGGGACACACAGACUAUCCUGGAAGCAAUGGUUGCUCUACUCAACAACAGUUACUUUGCUGUUGAUUUGCUCCUUCAGCACAUUAAUUCUUACUUUUCUUCCAUUCAAGACUGCCAGUGAGCCCUGUGUAGCUAAGUUUGGACCAUUACCUUCAAAAUGGCAAAUAACAUAUCCUAAGCUUCCUUGUGUGAAUAAGACAGCUGAUGAGAAACUGGAGAUACUUCAGAAUGGUUUAUAUCUAAUUUAUGGCCAAGUGGCUCCCAAUACAGCCUACAAGGAACCAGCUCCUUUUGAGGUGCGGCUAUAUAAAAAUGAAGACAUCAUACAAGCUCUAACAAACAACUCUAAAAUUCAAAAUGUAGGAGGGACUUAUGAAUUACAUGCUGGAGAUAUACUAGACUUGAUAUUCAAUGCUGAACAUCAGGUUCUAAAAAAUACUACAUACUGGGGGAUUUUAUUGCUGGCAAAUCCCCAAUUUAUCUCCUAGACUUGAUUUGGCCUUUGCAUCAUCUUUAGCACAUGCAGAGAUGCUGGUGAGUGUGUUGGAGGAGGCAGAUUUUCAACACCCACAGUUUGAGUACACAAAUCAACACAAAUGGAAUCCCUUUGCAUGUGACUUUGCAUCUCUCAAGCUUAUCUGAAAAAGACUCAAAAGGCAGCCCAGAGAUAUUCGCUUACCCCUGACAUUGGGUCAGCAAAGAUGCUUUACUAACCCAUGAUAAAUGACUGUGGGUAGCUCAGGGACAGAAGCUUCUCGAAGAGUCUUUGUCUACUUCUUGAAUGCUUGGGUGGAAAAAUUGUCUUAUUACCCUGGGAGACUUACCUGGUAUGCAAAAAAAAAAAAAAAAAAAAAGAUUCAGGGGAGUAGCCUGGGUUUGUUCUUAUAUUCUUGGUCUGUAUCACUUUAUUCUUCCUGUACUCAUGUUUUUUGAGGCCCACCUAUUAAAAGUGGCCAGACUUGGAGGGUGGCCACAGAUAUGCCAACAACACCCCACUUUAGAUGUGGUAAUAUUAAGAAGACAGACAUGUUCUCUAAAGUUAGAGAACUAUUGGGACAGCAUAGAACGGAAUGCACUUUACUUAGGAAUUUCCCUUGAUUUCAUCACAUUCAGGAUACAGAAUGCUUAAUAAAACCAGUUAGUCAAGGGCCCUCCUUCAUGUAGGGCCCUUGAGAAGUUGUUGUUUAUGUAUGUCUAAAUGUUGUCAGUAGUAAAUAAAGAGUAAUCAUUAGUAAUCAUAAAAAUUAAACCGCAGAAAUUGGCAUCAUCAAAAAAUAUAUUGUCAUGUAAUAAUUCCAUAUUUUUAGCUGGCUCUCCACAGUUUGCAAAGUGCUUUCAUAUAUCAUAGGGCAACUCUAUAAAGUGAAUGGGGCAGGUGUUUUUGGCACAAUUUAAACAAUGAAAAUAAGAAGGCAUCUAGAACAUAGGUAACUUGCUUCAAUCCAUAGAACUAAUGAUUCAUGGGGCCGGUUGGUUUCCCCAGUGUAUCAUACUAUCUCAGCUUUAGAGUUAGUAUCGACUUUAAAACUUAUUAAAGUUUAGUAGAUUUAAUUAUUAGGAGAUACAUUCUCUUUCAGCCCAAGGUGGGUAGAAUAAAACUACAACUGAUCUCUCCUUUCUUAGCAAACUACUUUUCCUUUCCCUGCUUGAAACAGGGAGCACAAGGGUAUUGCUUAGGGCUUACUCCAACCAAAUCCACUUCCUUACUUUAAAGAACUUGUCUUGGUCAAAUGUGUUAACUUCUAAAAAUAAUGAAUAGCCUUCAAUUCAAUGAUAGUCUGCUAAAGCUUUAGACUCUGUUAAAUUAAUUAGCUUUCUUGUUGAAAGGUAUGUAAUAUGAUUACAUGAUAACCCAAUUCAAAAUAUUUAUGGAUAUUUGUAAAAAGCUGCAUUAUGUUAACUAAUAGUAUUACAUAUAAAGCUAAUUUAAAACUAUUUGUAUUAUAUGCAAUAAAAAUUGUUGGGGAGCAGACUAAGCCUGAGGCCAAGAUAUUUAUUAGGCUUUGUUAAAAAAAAAAAUCUGCUGAGUAACUGUACUGGCCAAAGACCUGGAUAUCUUCUUUGUCUUGCAUUUGCAUAUCUUCUCAGGAAAUUAAAGUUAUAUAACAUGUAUUUAUAGAAACUUGUUACUGAUUGUUGUUGAGUUAUAAACAAGAGUGUGCUGAAGUGCUGGAGUGAGCAAGCAGUUAGCUCAUGACAGCUGAUUGUUAAAUUUUCAAAAUUUUGCAAUCUGGUUAUUAUUUAUAGUCAUCCUUGAAGUUGGCCAUGAGAGGACAAUUUAUGUCAUAGGAAUUGACAACACAGCAAAUUAGGGAUUUUCCUUUCGGAAAGCCUGUUCACCAUCACACCACUGUUUAUAAAACUCUCCUUCGUAAUGACUCCUCUCUGCUCCCACCUCAUUCCUGGGACAGUCAAGGCAGGCAAGGGAGAAAGGGAAAUUGUAAUACUCCCAGCAAAAGUCCAACGUCAUCAUGAUUUCUCAGAGCAAGAGUGAUCCUCAGCAGCUGCAGCCAGAGCGAUGGCUAACAACAAGAUGACCUUUAAAUUUUCCUGAUGCUGUAAUUUCAGCCUUUGGUUUCAUGUAUACUCUGUUUUCUUUUUUCUUUGAAUAAUUGAAACCUAUAAUAAAUGUA